AGCGGCAGUUACGUAGCCGUCGCCGCGAGUCUGCUACGCUGAUAUUGUUCCCGUUUCAUCGAAAACCGGCCAAUAUAACUCGGUGAUUGUGAUUAUUUUGAUUUGUGAUUGAAAUAUAGUGUGAGACGAUAUUUAUAUGUGAGGUACUAGAAUAAUGUGCAGUGGCAGUGUGCGCAAGGAUUUCGCUGAUUGGCCCGUUUGAUGGUGCGGAAAAAUGGUAAUUUAAUAUAUUUUACAAUAACAUCGGACGUCACUAAGAUGAAAUGGCGAGUGGCCGGCGGGAUGGGCAUACCGUUCGCCGCUGCUGUCUUCUGCAUGUUGCCCCUGUUCACAUCUUCCACUGGAGACAUACGACACCACGGUACAUCAAGAGCUCGUGGCUGGCGCGGCAGUGUGCAGACGUCAGCCGACGUUACGGCGAACAAUUCAGUGAGCAAUGUCACAGCGCAGCUCGGCGGAACUGCCUAUUUACAUUGCCUCGUGGGACAUUUGAGUGAAAGAGGCCAAGUGUCGUGGAUUAGGAAACGAGAUUGGCACAUACUGAGCUCCGGGAAGUUCACAUACACCAACGACGAAAGGUUUCAGGUGCUCCACGGUGAAGGGUCAGAGGACUGGACCCUUCAAAUCAAGUUCGUUCAAAAAAGGGACAACGGAACAUACGAAUGUCAGGUGUCAACUCGUACAGGGAUCGUAUCACACUACGUCCGGCUACAAAUCGUCGUGCCCGAAGCGUUUAUUCUCGGUUCUGGUGAACAUCACGUCGACAUGGGCAGCGUUAUACAUCUCAUUUGCAUCGUUGAAAAGAGCCCAACACCACCACAAUAUGUGUUCUGGUACCACAAUGACCGAAUGAUUAACUACGACGCGACUCGUGGAGGUAUCACUGUAGAAACGGAGCCCGGUGCUCGGACGCAGUCCAGAUUAACCGUAAGGGGGGCGACGUUGAAGGAUUCAGGGAAUUACACGUGUAGCGCAAGUAAUACAGAACCAGCAUCGAUACACGUCUUUGUGUCUGAAGGGAGUAACAAGAUGGCCGCUAUACUCCGUCGUAACACCAGCGCCAUUCAUGGCAUAACGUCGAGCAUCACCUGCCUCCUGCUGUUUUGCUCAGUAAUGAUACACUUCGGUCUCCGAUGACGUUAGCGUACGAUCAUCGCCACGAUUCACGAAUAGAAUUAAAUAAAUAAUUUUAAAUAAUUCGCUGCAUAGAUUAUAAAAGUAGUAUGCCAAAUGGCACAGGUAAAAAAUAAUUUCUAAAUUUUAGAAACUGUCUGUCUGUCUGUACGGUUAUACUUUGUUUAUUUUUUCAAAUUAA